AUGUCGUUAGACGAGACAUCACUGAAAAUCCUAGCUGGUCUCAAAAGAAAGCGUGCCGUGGUUAAGGCCUCCCUAACCAGGAUGCGGACAUUUAUCAGCAAUUUUGAUGUUACCGAACAACCUAUAUCGUUACUUGUAUUCAGGCAAGAAGAGCUACCAUCGAUUAAUCGAAAGUUUGACGAAGUUCAAACUGAAAUCGAAUUAUUAGAUAUUGAAGAUAUUUCCAAAUCUGACGAAGAACGAGAGACAUUUGAAAACGAAUUUUUCACAGUAAGAUCUCAAAUACAUGAAUUAAUAAAUAAUGAAAGGUUAAUGGGUGAAGCAGCAUCGAAUGCAUCUUUGGGAAAUUGUCAAGGACACCGAACACAACUGGCUCCUAUCUCCCUACCUGGGUUUGAUGGAAAUAUCCAAGAAUGGUCAUCAUUUUAUGACAUUUAUCGUGCUAUGGUGCAUGAAGAUAGUCCUGCAUUAGAUUUGGUACGAUCUAUUCCCAUAAAUGACAGCAACUAUACUGUAGUUUUAGAAAGACUCCAACAUAGAUAUGAUAAUAAAAGUCUUGUGAUUCAAUCGCACAUAAGGUCCAUACUUGAUUGUCCAAGAAUCGAAGAGGCGUCUUCUGGAGCUCUACAAAAACUGUAUGCGCACAUAUGUACACAUGUAGCUGCAUUACAAGCACUAGACCAACCAGUUGAGUAUUGGGAUGCGUGGCUAAUUACCAUUGUGACUGGACGGCUAGACAAAAGUACUGGACAUGGAUGGCAGCUGCAUUUAAAGAACACCAGUCUACCAAAGUAUUCAGAUCUUGAGAACUUUCUAGCCAGUCGAUGUGUGGCAUUGGAAAAUUCAGAAGCAGUAAUGAAUAACGAACUGACCGGCAAGAUUUGCGUUCCUAACAACUUAACAACCAAGUUUUCAAAACCUAAUCAUAAACUGUACACAAAGAAGGGACUCACAGCUUAUAUUUCAAAUGAUAUAAAAUGUAACUGGUGUUCCGGAUCGCACAAAUUGUACGCAUGCAAUAAGUUUAAGGAAUUACCUAUGGGAGAACGUGUUACAGUAGUCCGAGAUUUAAAACUAUGUUUCAAUUGUCUUCAUCCACAUCACACAGCUGAUAAAUGCAAAUCGAAAUUUAAUUGUUUUAUUUGCAAGGGUAGGCACAACACUUUACUUCAUUAUGAAAGGCAGAAUGAACCUACAAUUUUUAACACUGAGGACAAAUCUGUAGAAGAUGUAACGUCGUCUCCGAACCAAGGUGACUCCAAAAAAUCAUUAUUAGUUCAACAAGGGCAUGGACACGUAUUUUUAUCAACAGCUGUAGUUCUAAUAAGAGACAAUCAAGGUGUAUUCAAGAAUUGCCACGCCAUAUUAGAUAGUGGUUCGCAAGUUAAUUUUAUAUCCAAGGGACUGGCAAGACAACUACAAUUACCAGCAACAAAAUCAACACUUCCAGUUAGUGGCAUUGGAGCAAAUACACUACAGUCGAGCACAUGUGUUGAUAUACAUAUUGAAUCCAGAUUUGGCUCAUCGAGUUUCAAGCUAUCGUGCUAUACCUUACCUGUCAUCAUGUCACAGCUACAACCCGUUCGUACUCCGAUGGAAGGAUGGACAAUUCCAAGUGAACUAUUACCACAGUUAGCAGAUCCUCACUUCUAUGAUCCUAAGCAAAUCGAUCUAUUAAUUGGAGGUAGCAUAUUCUUUGAUAUCUUGCAACCAAGUCGUGUACAACUUGAUGUAAAUAGAUUAUAUCUUCAAGAUAGCAAGCUGGGUUGGAUAGUCACAGGCGAAAUGAACAACACUUGUCUGCUAAGUAUUAACAGGUCAUUUGAAGAAGAAUCGAAAAUAAUUCUCGGCCACGAAGAUGAAUUGUACGACAAAAAAUCAAAGGCAAAUCAGAGUUCUAUUGAAGAGAACCAUGCACUUGAACACUUUCAAUCUACAUUCAAACGAAACGAAGAAGGUCGUUUCGUGUUACAGUUACCUGUUAAAACUGACCUAACUAAUUUAGGCCAGAGUGUCAAUUUAGCUACAUCUAGGUUUCUUAGCGUGGAGAGAAAAUUACAGCAAGAUGCAAACUUACGAAUUGAGUACACAAAGUUUAUGAAAGACUAUCUCGAUAUGGGCCAUAUGCAAGAAGUUCCGAAGGAAUCGAAUAUUCCUAAGCGAUCAUGCUACUUACCACACCACGCAGUAUUCAAGAGUUCAAGUUUGACAACUAAAACCCGCAUCGUUUUUGACGCCUCAGCGAAAACCUCUUCAGGCUUGUCACUCAAUGAUGUAUUGAUGAGAGGCCCAAAGACACAAGAGGACAUAUUCUUAAUUCUUACGCGUUUUCGAAAAUACCAAUAUGUGAUUUCAUCAGAUAUCGAGAAGAUGUUUCGACAAGUAGCUGUAGCAGAACAAGAUUGGGAUCUGCAAAGGAUACUUUGGCGAAAUGAUCCUAGUGAAGCUCUCCGUACUUACCAACUAGUUACCGUGACUUAUGGUACUAAACCAGCCUCAUUUAUGACAACGCAGUGUUUGGUGACGUUGGCACAACAAACGUAUGAAAAAUUUCCUAGAGCUGCGAAGGCGAUAGCUAGAGAUUUUUAUAUGGAUGACCUCAUGACGGGAGGUGAAACCGAAGCAGAAUGUAUUCAAUUGUACCAACAGAUAACGUCAAUACUAGCUUCUGCAAAAUUACCUCUCAGGAAGUGGUGUUCGAAUUCUUCUCAUGUACUGGAACAUAUCGGUAAGGAUGUCAGCGACCCUCUAUUUACCUUGGAAUUAGGAGAUGAAGAAGUUAUUAAAUCUCUAGGUUUAUGUUGGAAUCCAGUACUUGAUGAGUUCAGGUUCAAUGUCAUACCAACACCAGUACGACCAAAAUUGACUAAGAGAACGCUGUUAUCCGAUUUGAAUAAGGUGUUUGACCCUAUAGGGUUUAUAGCCCCAAUCCUCGUAAAGGGAAAAAUAUUUUUACAACAGAUAUGGGCACUGAAAAUUGAUUGGGAUAGUCCAUUAUCCUCAGACAUUCAAGAUCGGUGGAUGUCAUUUCAUAAAGACUUAGAACAACUGCAAGAUGUAUCCAUUCCAAGGAAGGUUCUACCAAACCCAGAUGAAUUUCAGAUCCAUGGCUUCUGUGACGCGUCACAAGAAGCGUAUGGGGCUUGCAUAUAUGUACGAUCACGCUCUUCAGAUAAUACGUGGCAAGUACGACUGCUAUGUGCUAGAAGUCGUGUAGCACCAAUAAAGGGUUCAACGAUUCCUCGUCUUGAACUGAAUGGAGCCCUAGUGUUAACACAGCUACUCCAAAGGCUAACGGAGUCUUGGGAAAUCGAUCGCUAUAAGUGUCACUUGUGGACAGAUUCUACUGUGGUUCUUAGUUGGUUAAACGCACAAUCCAAUAGAUUAAAGGUGUAUGUCAGCAAUCGCGUGAACCAGAUCUUAGAGCUCACAAAUACAUCGCAAUGGAAUUAUGUUAGAACAAAUAAAAAUCCUGCUGAUAUGAUUUCUCGUGGUACUAAUGUAAAGGAGAUAAGUACUUCCAGACUUUGGUGGACUGGGCCUGAUUGGCUAAGUGUAUCAGACGAAUUUUGGGAACAAGUUCCAAGAAGUAUAUUGAAGGAAGAAGAAAUACCUGAACAGCGCAUAAUUCGAUUUGCAUUAGUUGGAGUUCAAUCUAAUAAAGAGUUGGUACAGCAUUUCUCAUCAUGGUCACGACUGAAGAGAGCAACAGCUUGGUUACAAAGAUUUAUAGUAUAUUUGAAAACGAAGAGGGUACCAAGUAAGGGUCAUUUGUCGGUAAAAGAACUGCAAUUGGCGGAAGCAUGCAUAUUAAAACAAGUCCAAGCUGAAUGUUUUCUUGAUGAGUUACAGAAUUUGAAAUCUGAAAGGGAGUUACGAUCUGAUAGUAAACUAAAAUCGCUACAUCCAUUUAUAAAAGACGAAUUAAUCUUAGUUGGUGGACGCUUAGACAAUUCUAAGUUGUCAAUACUACAAAGGCACCCGGUCGUAUUGCCUGCAAAUCAUAAGGUGACUCGAUUAAUAUUUGAACAGAAGCACCUUGAGCAAUUACAUUGUGGACCUCAAGCAUUGCUUGCGGAAGUGAGACGAAGGUAUUGGCCGCUAAGAAGUCGAGUGAUGGCGCGUUCUGUAGUAUCACGUUGUGUAAAAUGCAUCCGAGCUAAACCUACAUUUAAUGCCCCCUUGAUGGCCUCAUUGCCCAAAGAGCGAGUUCAAAUCAUGAGACCAUUCGCGGUUACUGGAGUCGACUUUGCAGGACCAAUUAUUAUUAGAAGUGGUAUAAGGCGAGUGAUAGGCGUAAAGGCCUGGAUAGCUGUUUUCGUAUGUUUUACUACACGAGCAGUUCACCUGGAGUCAGUCGAAGAUUUAUCGAGUCAAGCCUUCCUUGCAUCGCUGCGUCGAUUUACAGCACGCAGAGGCCUAUGUUCCACAAUAUUUAGUGACAACGCCACAAAUUUUGUUGGAGCUAAAAGAGAGCUAUACUCCCAUAUAAAAUCUGCGCAACCACAAAUAGCUCAGAGAGGGAUAGAAUGGAGAUUUAAUCCACCAUCAGCUCCGCAUUUCGGUGGCCUAUGGGAAAGCGCGGUCAAGAGUGCAAAACAUCAUCUAACUCGAAUAAUGGGUGAUGCCAGGUUAUCAAUAGGAGAACUAUCAACACUACUAUGUCAAAUAGAAGCAUGUCUCAACUCACGACCAUUAACCCCAAUCAGCAGUGAUCCAUCUGAUAUAGAAGCACUAACUCCAGCUCACUUCUUGAUAGGUGGUCCAAUAUCGUUACCUCCUGAAGUGGAUCUGAGGCGAGAGUCAUUGAGCAGCUUAAGACGAUGGAAGUACGUACAAUAUUUAAUGCAACUUUUCUGGCAAAGAUGGUCUAGCGAAUAUUUACCUCAGCUACAGAUUAGAGGAAAAUGGACUAGCAAUAAAACAAUAUUAAAAAUCGGUGAUAUUGCUAUAAUAAGGGAUGAAAAUGCACCACCCACAAAAUGGAAAUUAGGAAGAGUUGUGAAUGUACAUCCUGGUAAGGACGGUGUUGUACGAGUGGUAACUAUGCGCCUAGGAUCUGGAGCAGAAUUGAAGCGUCCGAUAGUAAAAUUGUGUCUGCUACCGACUGAAGAGGAGUCU